GCGAAAUAUCCCAUUUCGUGGUAGUUUCCUGAGGGCGGACGGACAGCCAGUGACUCACUGGCGGCGCCAGGCAUAAAUAGGCGGGCGCCUACCUGGGAGCGGCAUUGGGCUCUCGGCGCCGAGCACCCGCAGAGCUUGAGACACAGCAAGAGCCCCCGCCACAGCCCCGCCUGGAGAUGAUCCUACCCUGCGCCCUGGUGGCUGUCCUCCUCGCUGCCAGCCACGCAGCCAACCCUUGCUGCUCAAACCCUUGUCAGAACAGAGGAGUAUGUAUGACAACAGGAUUUGAUCAGUAUGAAUGUGACUGUACAAGGACGGGGUAUUAUGGGGAAAACUGUACAACACCGGAAUUCUUCACGUGGCUGAGGCUGACAUUGAAACCUUCACCAAACACUGUCCACUACAUCCUCACCCACUUCAAAGGAGCCUGGAAUAUCAUCAACAACAUACCUUUCUUACGGGAUGCUAUUAUGAGAUAUGUAUUAACAUCAAGAUCACAUCUAAUCGACAGCCCACCAACUUACAAUAGUGAUUAUAAUUACAAAAACUGGGAAGCUUAUUCCAACCUUUCCUAUUACACAAGAAGCCUUCCACCAGUAGGACUUGACUGUCCAACACCAAUGGGUGUGAAAGGUAAGAAAGAGCUCCCAGAUUCAAAGCUGAUUGUGGAAAAGUUUUUGCUAAGGAAAAAAUUUAUUCCUGACCCACAAGGCACAAAUGUGAUGUUCACAUUCUUUGCCCAACACUUCACUCAUCAGUUCUUCAAGACGGACCACAAGAAAGGACCUGGCUUCACCAAAGGUCUCGGCCAUGGGGUUGACUUAAACCAUAUUUAUGGAGAGACUCUGGAGAGGCAACUUAAACUGAGACUUCUGAAGGAUGGAAAGUUAAAAUACCAGAUGAUUGAUGGAGAAAUGUAUCCACCAACAGUGAAGGACACUCAGGCAGAGAUGAUCUACCCUCCUCACAUACCAGAACACUUGCAGUUUUCUGUUGGGCAGGAAGUGUUUGGUUUGGUUCCAGGCUUGAUGAUGUAUGCUACAAUAUGGCUGAGGGAGCACAACCGGGUCUGUGACAUCCUGAAACAGGAGCACCCUGAGUGGGAUGAUGAGCAGCUUUUCCAGACUACUAGACUCAUAUUGAUAGGAGAAACAAUCAAGAUCGUUAUUGAGGACUAUGUACAACACUUGAGUGGCUACCACUUCAAACUCAAGUUUGAUCCUGAGCUGCUGUUCAACCAGCGAUUUCAAUACCAGAACCGAAUUGCAGCUGAAUUCAAUACUCUCUACCACUGGCACCCACUUCUGCCUGACACUUUCCAAAUACAUGACCAGGAGUACACUUUCCAGCAGUUCCUCUACAACAACUCCAUAAUGCUGGAACAUGGUCUUUCCCAUAUGGUGAAAUCUUUCUCCAAGCAAAGUGCUGGCAGGGUUGCUGGUGGGAAAAACGUUCCUGCUGCAGUACAGAAAGUAGCAAAGGCUUCAAUUGACCAAAGCAGACAAAUGAGAUACCAGUCCUUGAAUGAGUACAGGAAACGCUUCAUGUUAAAACCAUUCAAAUCAUUUGAAGAACUUACAGGAGAAAAAGAAAUGGCAGCGGAACUGGAAGAGCUUUAUGGAGACAUUGAUGCUAUGGAGCUGUACCCAGGCCUUCUUGUAGAAAAGCCACGACCAGGUGCCAUCUUCGGUGAAACAAUGGUGGAAAUUGGAGCACCAUUCUCUCUGAAAGGACUCAUGGGAAAUGCCAUCUGCUCCCCUGAGUACUGGAAGCCUAGCACCUUUGGUGGAAAAGUUGGAUUUGAAAUAAUCAAUACUGCAUCCUUACAGAAGCUCAUCUGCAACAAUGUGAAAGGCUGUCCCUUCACAGCUUUCCACAUCUUAAAUCCUGAACCCACAGAGGCAACUAUUAAUGUUAGUACCUCAAAAACAGCAAUGGAAGACAUCAAUCCCACAGUACUACUGAAAGAACGAUCUACUGAGUUGUAAAAAUCCAUCUAUUUAUUUAUUUAACUAUAUAAUUUAUUCUAUUUAUGGCUUAAAGUGUCUUUUUAAAAAAGAGGGGGGAAAACCCCCCAAAAACUUGAGCAUCUUCAUUCUGGGGGUUGCCCUAGAUGCCUUACUCGGUAAAGCUUCUACUUACAAAAGGGAUUUUCUGUGUUUGAGCUCUACAGUGCUGAAUCCCUUGUUUAAAGUCUUCUGUAACAGAACUAUGUAUUCCAAAGUGGACAAAGGUUCCAACUUUUUUUUAUGUUGUUUUAAUACUUGACAAAGAGUGUUAGUGGGGUUUUUGUCUCUUCAUUGAUAGGUCACAUAACACUACAAAAGCAAGUUACUGCCUCAGCAACUUCUUACACAGGCCAUUGAACUAAAAGUACAAGAAAAAAUUGCCUUAAUGAAAACUGCCAUAAAAGAUUAUGAAUUCAAUAUCAGCACUCAAAGAUUAACAAAUGUACAUAUACUCGAGACUUAAUCAUGUCAAGUCAGAAAAUGCGUUGCAUUCAUUGUUGAUACUACCUCUCCCUUAUUGCAAAUAAGGCACUUUGUAUAGUAACUUAUGUUUGGUUUUAUGUGUAAAUCUAUUUUCAUGUGGCAUUAUACUUUUUUUAAUUUAUUUAAAGAAAAUGGAACUUCUUUUGUAUACUACUUGUUCUUGAAGCAUAUGUCAUAGAUGUAUUAUUUGUGUAAGAAGAUAAUAACAGGUACUGAGCUUAGAAAUAACUGACUGUCAUGCUGCAAUACAAGGCUGCUUGUAUCUUGCUUCAGAUGUUUUAUCAUGCAAGCUUGGGGAGGUCUUAAACUUAGUCCAAAUUAUUGGUAUUCUUUUUGUAGCUGUAGUUAUCUGGUCUACUUGAUAAUACAAUUUUGAUCUUUGUCACUUUAAGGACAAAUGAACAGUAUGGCUUUAGAUAAGGAUGUGACUAUAGUAUAGCUUUUAGUACCCAAACCCCAGAUUCUUGGGGAAUAGUGAAAAACUGAGAAGCUGUGUAAAGUCGCACAGCAGAGAAAUGAAUAUAGAGUAGGUCUAGCAAAACUUCAAGGCACCAAGACUUGAAGGUAGCUUAUAUCUAUGUACACAAGCUAUAUUUGUGACUUACAGUUGUAUUUACUGGGGGGAAGAGGGAUAAUGUUUUGGUUAUAUCUUAUAAACAAAGGCAUUUUAAGUGACUUAAGCUUAUUUAAAGCUGGCUAGCUAGCACAGAAUCUCCUAGACAUAUUUGUCCUGAUCCAGCACUAAACUAUGUAGUCCUGCCUGGGUACAUAAGGAGCUACACAGGUUCUUGUACCACCACUUUAAACUUUGCAUGUAAGGGUAUUUUUUUUUUUUUUUUCUAAUUUCUAGAGAGGAAAUGUAGAAGAUGAUCCUCCCCUAAAAGCAGCUUGGGAACUAUAGAUAAAAAGAAAAGUCACUUCAGACUGGAAUAGAGCAGCACCCCGCUAUUAUGUGCCUCUGCCCAAAAUUUCUUGACUACUUCUGGAAAAGGACUUGAGUUUUUAUAUUUCACAUGAAUCUCUCAAACAUUUCUAGAGGCUUGUAUGUUGUAAUGGCUAUGGCAGUAGUAUAGUUUGACUGUGACUUCUGUUUCUGUUCAUUUAUUUAAAGAGGCCAAUUACCUUUUGAUGUGUAAGUUUGUAAUUUUUAGUGUGAAUAGCUGAAUCAAGAUCUCCUGUAGCAGUCAGUACAAGUGACUGAUUUGAGGUGGUCUUUGGUAUGAAUGCUUUGAGAGAAAGAAGGUCAUUUGUUUUCCUUCUUCUGUUUGAAGCAUGAAGAAGGGAAAAUUUUCAAUAACCUUGUAUUAAAAGGUGGUUAGUACUGUAUUUGCUCAUAAGUGAAAACUGCUUGGACACUUGAUAAAUAUGUAAUUAUUAUUCAGAUCCGUCUCUGGAACACACUUCAGAGCACCCUUCUAUUAGUAACAAGGAAAAGUGUUUGGCUUAGAGUCAAAGGGAGGCGAGUCUGGACAGAUCUAGUUAUUUUAGGGCAUGUAAUAGAGGAAUUCCUCAGACCAUGUAAUUUGAGUUAAGUUAUAAGCUGCUUCAGAACAGAAUCAUGUUCACUGUGUUUUGUACUCUGCAGCCACAUUUCAACAGUCACUCAUCUUUGACCCAACCUGCUGGGUUUGGCUGGGUUCAAGUUGCUUAUGAUAAAUAUGUAUGUUUGAGAUUAUUUAUUUUAAAAGUCUGUGAAUUGUUUUUCAUUUUAUUUUUGUAGGACAAUAAUGUUUUUAAAAUGCAAUUGUUUAUAUAAAUAAAUUGAAAACAUUUCCUGUA